UUAUUUCCCAGCUCCCGGGUUCGCCUUAGUGAAGCCCAGCGGCGAGUGCUGCUGGCUGCCGCGGCAGUCCGGUCCGUCUCCCUCCCGUGUCGCCGCCGCCACCCGACGACGGGAGCCGCCCAGACACUCCGGCCGGCCGGGAAGAUGGAAGAUGGUGCUCCAAAGCAUAUUAUUCAGAUGACAGGAUUUAAAAUGGAAGAGAAGGAAGCUCUUGGCAAAUUGCUUUUAAAACUAGAUUGCACUUUUAUUAAGAGUGAGAAAUAUAAAAAUUGUACACAUCUUAUAGCUCAGCGCCUAUGUAAGAGUGAAAAAUUCCUAGCAGCUUGUGCAGCAGGAAAAUGGGUACUAACUAAGGACUACAUAAUUCACAGUGCCAAACGUGGCAGAUGGCUUGAUGAAACAACUUAUGAAUGGGGAUAUAAAAUUGAAAAAGAUUCCCAUUAUUCACCUCAAAUGCAGUCUGCACCUAAAAGAUGGCGGGAAGAACUGAAACGCACUGGUGCUCCAGGAGCCUUCCACAGAUGGAAAGUUGUCCUUCUUGUUAGAGCUGAUAAAAGAAGUGAUUCUCUUAUAAGAGUUUUGGAGGCUGGAAAAGCAAAUAUUAUUUUACCAAAAGGUUCACCAAGUGGAAUAACACAUGUGAUUGCCAGUAAUGCAAGAAUCAAAAUUGAAAAAGAAAAAGACAACUUUAAGGCUCCAUUUUUUCCAAUUCAGUAUCUAGGUGAUUUUCUUUUAGAGAAAGAAAUUCAAAAGAAUGAAGAUAUCCACUCUAAAUCUCUUUGGAAUAAGCAUAACAAUCAAGAAAAAAUCAGAGGCUUCAGAAAAGAUAAAGGUCUUGUUGAAAUGAAAGAUGCCUUAAGGGAGACCAUGUAUAGAGCCCAGAAAGAAUUACACCCUCAUGUUGAAAAACUUAAUGUUCGUUCUAUUUUGAUUGACCAUCACAAAAAAGAAAAACUUAGAGAGUCCAGUAAACAUUUGAAAAUUAUGAAAAUGAGAAAUGCCUUAGGAAGGCACACAUAUGGAAUUAAGAAGGAAAUUAAGAAAAAGGAUGAAGAUAUUCAAAGAAGUUUUGCUUUGAGGAAAAAAUAUAAAAAGGAGAAAGAACGAAGUUACAGAAAGGACAUCGAGCACCACAGAAUUAAAAGUGCAUUAAGGAAGCAUAUAUAUAAAGAUCAGAAAGAAAUGAAGAAUUCUGUUUUUGCUGUUCAUGCCAAAGAAUCAAAAAUGAAGGACAUUCGGCUGGAUGUGGAUAUUGUUGAAAUAAAAAAUGCAUUGCGGAAACAUAUAUAUAGAGCUCAGGCUGUCAGGUACAGCUGCAUUCAAAGGGAAAAACAACCAGUAUAUGGUGUAGAGGUUAAAAACGCUGAAUUUCCCAGAGGUGUAUUAAAUUUAAUUGAAAGCCUCAUAGAAGGACAGUUUUAUAAGGAAGCAAUUGAGGAACUUUCCUCUUUGCAAGCACAUUAUAUUCCCCCUGUAUGCAUUCUUCAUGCUCUUCUAGAAAAUAUUCUACAGGAUAAUAUAGAUGCGUUUUCUGGUCGAUACUUUCACGUAUUGUCAGCUCUUCUUCACCUGCAUCCUCCUUGGAAGUCACCAGCCAUGUCAAGAUACUAUUUAGAAUUGUUUCAGUGUCCCACUUGUAUGAAAGGAGCAUGGUCUCUAAUAGAAGUACUGAUCAGAUCUUGCCUUUUCAAUGAAAGCUUUUGUCAUCAACUUUCAGAAAGUACUAUUGAAUCUAAGGUGCUCCACCUGACACUUCUCAAAUUUUUUUUCAAUUUAGUUGUAAGUGAAGUGAGACAUUUGAGUCAAAAAUUGUGUGACUGGUCAGAUUCGCAGAAUCUGGAUAUAACAGGCAAGGCAGUUCUUCUUGAAAUCUUUUGGUCAGGAAGUGAGACCUCUGGGCUUUUGACCAAACCACUAAAUAUGCUUUUGGAGUGGACUAUAUAUUCUCACAAGGAAAAAAGCAAGUCUACUGAUGUCUUCAAACAUGAACUAGCUUACUUACUGACUGGCAUUCUUGGAGCAGCAAUAGAUUAUUGGAUCUUCCUUGGUCUAAAGAUGGGUAGAAAUGUUAUGCGACACAUGUCUGAUGAUUUAGGAAGUUAUGUUUCCCUUUCAUGCGAUGACUUUUCUUCACAGGAGUUAGAGCUUUUAAUUUGUUCCUUUUCCUCCUCCUGGCUCCAAAUGUUUGUUGCUGAAGCAAUCUUUAAAAAGUUGUGUUUGCAGAGUUCCAUCAGUAUUUCUUCUGAGCCACUAUCUCUACAUAAAAUGGUUUUUUCCUAUUUGCCAGCUUUGGGGAAAACUGGCAUGCAUUGGUCUGGAAAGAUGCAAGUACCAAAGAAAAUAGGACAGAGGCCUUGCCUUGAAUCUCAGCGGGCCUUACUAAUGCUGAAUGGUGCUAAACAGAAACCAGUUGAAGGACUGCCAGAGUUACCAGAACUGAGCCUUGCUAAAUGUUCCUCUUCUUUAAAAAGAUUGAAGAAGAAAUCAGAAGGAGAAUUGUCAUGUUCCAAAGAGAAUUGUCCCUCUUUAGUUACAAAGAUGAAUCUUCACAAGACUAAUCUAAAAGGAGAAACAGCCCUCCAUAGAGCUUGCAUAAAUAACCAAGUAGAGAAACUGAUUCUUCUUCUUUCUCUGCCAGGAAUAGACAUCAAUGUUAAAGACAAUGCUGGCUGGACGCCUUUGCAUGAAGCCUGUAACUAUGGCAACACAGUGUGUGUCCAGGAAAUUUUGCAGCGUUGUCCAGAGGUAAAUCUGCUCACUGAAGUGGACGGGGUAACUCCUUUGCAUGAUGCACUGUCAAACGGACAUGUAGAAAUUGGCAAGCUGCUACUUCAGCAUGGGGGCCCAGUGCUCUUACAGCAGCGGAAUGCUAAGGGGGAAUUACCCUUGGAUUAUGUUUUAUCCUCUCAAAUCAAGGAAGAACUAUUUGCCAUGACAAAAUUAGAAGAUACAGUGGAUAACUUUCACGCACAAGUAGAGAAACGUUUUCACCAACAGCAACUUGAAUUCGGCUCUUUUCUACUUAGUAGAAUGCUGAUAAAUUUUUGUUCCAUUUUUGAUUUAUCUUCAGAGUUCCUCUUAGCUUUCAAAGGGUUAACACAUUUAAAUGAGCUUCUGGUGGCUUGUAAAAAUUAUAAGCAAGCUACCAGUGCUCGUGCUGAUUGGUUAUUGGAUCUUUAUGCUAGAAAUAUAAAGACUUUGCAGAAGCUCCCAAAUAUUCUCAAGGAACUGCAUGAAAAUCUGCAAGUGUGUCCUGGAGUACACACUGAGGCCUUACUGGUGACCCUGGAAAUGAUGUGUCGGUCAGUCACAGAGUUUUCUUGAUGAUGCCAGAAAUGAGUCAACAUUUCUAAACCUUCUCUAUUUGCUAUUUUAUUUACUGUGAAGGUUUUAAAUUAUUAACAAAUAUUAGUGUAAUUUAUUUAUUGUUAGAAUUUGUAGACUUGCUAAAUUUUAAAAGCACUUAAAGAACUUCUCCAAAACUCUUGGAUAAGCUUCUUUUCCAGUGUGGUGGAAGUUGACUCUAAAGUGAAGAAUAAUUUUAUUUGUUAUACCUGCACAGCUUUCAUUACCUUUAUUAUUAUUCUCUGUGGAUUUAAGAGUAAUUAUUUAUAUUGUACAUGUAAAUUUUUUAUUUAAGUAUUUUUUCUAGAAAAGUCAAAAUGUUGUAAUGUUUUUUUUUUUUUUCGAGGUGUUCUAGGUCAUAGAAUCAUGGCAAAGGUUUCCAGUCAAAUGUGUUAUUCUUCUGGGCUUUCAGACUGAAAUGUUUGUUUUAAUUUUGUGUAUUUCUAAAUAAACAUUUCUAAAAUUUACAAUAA